AUGAUGUCGGAGUCAAACACUGAAAAGAAAAUUAUCAGCGUGAAGCUUGGCUCAGAAUGGGUCAUCGAAGACUUCAUCGCUUGUCUCGCCGAGACGGCAGAAAAAGAUGCGAAGCCAAUAUGGAUCGACCAGCUCUGCAUCGAGCAGAAUGACCAAGCGAUUCGAAAAGUCCUGGCUGACAUUCCAUCCAUCUACCGUUCCUUUGACGUCACGGUGCUCAUGCCAGGAAGGCCUUGCCGAUGCCUGCCGCGCAUCGUGCGUGAAGUAAAUGGCUUGCCGCCCGAUCCUGAAGAUCCGUACCGCAUUUCUCGCACGGACGAAUGCUUGAAUGCAACGGGGUUCAACCAUCAGGAUGCGCUGGAAGAGAUACUAAUCUACUUUGAUGAUCUCGAAAAGGAAGGUAGAUCCGACCUUGUCCGCUAUGCGCACAACCCUAAUCACACGGAUCCUCUUUAUCGCUUCCUUGAUGGCGAAACUCUGGAGAACCAAGCACAGGGUCUUGAGAAGAAAAAUGUGUACGCCUUCGUGCUCCAUGUGCUGGAGGAAUACGGAUCCGCUUACCUCUGGACUCCCAACCGCCAGGCAAGUAAACCCCGCGACUACGUCGUUUCGAUUUGGACGGAUUGGGAUAAGUACGUUAUUCCUCACAACUACAACACCAUGGAAGCCUCGAGCUUGAUGCAGGACGCGAUAGACCAAAUGUUCGACAAAGAAGGACUUGUCUUCGGAAGCACCGCGCCCCAAGGAUUGUUCAGUGGUGAUCUGGCAGGAUCCGCUAUUUGGAAGCCAUCGGAGUAUCUCACGAAGGUCGAGAGCUCCGGUGUGGUCGACUACUAUCGCACGAUUGCCGCCGAGAUACAUGUCAUUCCUGUUCUGAGGGAUAAGUCUGUCCCGCUUGAUGGCCAUGCGCUGAUAGAUGAGCUGCUCGGAAGACACGCCGAGACGGCAUUGCAAGCCAGCGGCCGAAUAAACCGCUCAGAACUCAGCCCGGGAGAUGAUACUUCGCAAGAAGCUUCAGUCAUCUCAGCGUUUACCCGUAUGUUCCAUGGAUUGGUCGACAACUGGUCUGAGGAUAGACAACCGGAGGGCAAUGGUGAACCUUCGCAAAGCAAAAUGGAGAAACUGCAUUCUACUAUGGGCCUCUUGGUGAAGCUGAUAUUCUCCGCCUCUGAGCAUCCCUCGGGAAGAACGAAAAGGGUGGGGCUAUGUCGUAGAGAUGUCGACGUCCUGAAGAUUGCUUCUGGGAAGACCGAUGUGCUGACUGUGAAGAUGUUUUCGGGAGAGCAUCCACCGAUGCUUUUCGAAGUUGAGAGGGUUGGUUCGCGUAGCAAUACCCCUGAGUACAGGGUCUUUGGCGUCUGGGUUCCGCUCGAAUUCGAGGCCAAUGAUAUGAAGGACUUUGGAAUGGCUGUUUUGCAUCCGUCAGAAAAUCGAGAGAAAUAUGACGCGGUUCUGGUCUGA